AUGCUAACAUAUUCAGAUCAACACAGAUUCGAGCAAAUCCGAGCUCAGUGGGAGACGGCUCGGCCAAGUGAAGACGGAACAGCGGCGAUGGUGGGCUGGAGAGAAAAGCCGACAAUUCACCACGCGGUGAGUAGUGAGCCUCAAGAGAACAGUGGCAGCAAAUUCCGGAGGAAGCUCAGCUAUGGCUUCGCUUUCAUCUCAAAUCCCCUCUCGCAACGAAAGACGACCUCGGGACGUCAUCAAGUGAAUGUACCGUCACUGGCUGUUACUGAACCAUCUGCAACCGACAUUACUACACCGAAUCCUAUAUGUGAAGCUGCGCUUUCGCCAAUGCGUAUUUCUGCGCCAUUCAACCACUCCAACGAUGCGACCGAAGAGUCCGCAACAGUCCCGUUUAGCAGGACUUUACCCAAGAGCGCAGAUACCGAUACUAUACCGCAGCCAUUACCCCGAUCGCGUACGCUGAGCUUCAUCCCUCUCCCAGUUAGAGUUGAACCUCAGUCGUUCGCCGCAGACGUAGAAGGCGCAGUCAAAUCCCAUUCCCUUGCGGUAAUGCCUCAGUCAGAGCCAGAUUCGGUACCUUCGAAAAUUCCUACUCCCAGCCCGCCAUCCCUGGAGCGCCGUCGCUCUAGUCCGCGCCAACACGUUCAACAACAUGUCUCGUACCGCGCUUCUCAACAGAUCAAACAGAUCGCGACUGCCCACGCGUUGGCGGCCGCCAACAAUGGUUCUCCGGUGAAGCAUUCCUAUCAGUUGCGCUCACGUACAACACCAAAUCUCGUCAAAACAGCCAACGGACCACAGUCGGCGCGAUAUGUGGCUCCGAGGCGGCCAGGACCUAAGAUGUCUAUGGUAUCUCCAAUAGCUCAAAGGCCGCUUCUGCAAGAGAACAUACCAACGGAUAGGCGUAUGUCACACAGGCGGUCGCAGAUCCAAGAGAGAACGUUGAAGAGGGAACCGCUUGCAGUGCCUGGUACUCUGAACAAUAGAAGGUCAUUUGGUCCGGGACUACAAUAUUCACAGAGCAGGGAGCCUAGCUUCGCGACUCUACCUACAGUAAGGAAGAGGAUGAGUUCACAGCUUGCACAGCAGACGCCGGUGACGGCAAAGCGGAUACAGUUUGAGGAACAGGAAGAUGCAUCACCAGCAUCACCCCUGAUGUCAAAGUCUGCAGUUGUGCGGCCUGGCAAUACCGAGCUUCCAUCACCAACUCCAGAUACGAGCGAUCAUACCAGGCCAGCUCUUCCCCGGUCGCACACGGACAGGGAAAAGCAAAGGAAAACGCUAGGAACACCAAAUGGUUUGGGUGGCGUCUGGCGGUCAUCCCACGCUUUGGCAAUGACUACACAUGAGGUGAGCAGACUUCCACAUUCCCAUACCUUCCAUAAUUUUGGAACCCACUUGGAAUUUGCUCCACCAGUGCCUCGUAUCCCGAAGCAGUACAGGACAGCGUCUUUGUCGGACUUGGUCCAGUCAGUAUGCAUGGAUCCGAAGAGCACCGUCCCGUCUCAACAUGUUGGGGUCAGAUCAGACGCGAGCUCGUGCGAAUCGAUACCCGAGGAGACGGACGAAGAAAGACUGAGUGCCACGCCGACAUAUAAACCUUGUCAGUCUGGACGAGGGCUUGGGUCGUCCAUGAAAAUCACCGGAUCUAAUUUCGGUCUGGCGGCGUUCCCCCCAGUACCAACCACAGUUCCGACCAGAGCACCAAACACAACUGGAAGCGUGUGGGCCAAUUCUUCCAGCCACUUCCGGAGUAGACCUGUGCAAGAGGGGUCCGAAGUUGCUGACAAUGAGAUCUUUCAGGUCAAAGACUAUAUGCCGCCGCUUUACUGGGCUGGAAGAUUCCAGUCUCGAUACGAUCAAUGGCGUACCGAUGCAAUGAAAGCUGAACUUGACCCUGCCCAUCAUACCUCCGGCCUCUUAGGAGAAUGCAAAUUGAACCAAGACAAGCUCGCGGCGUGCUAUAUACUCGGACAACUGCGCGAUUUGUGCACUUCCGAUCAAGCAGCAGAUAGCCUUUGGGAGUUCGAGUGCAAAUACAGGAGAGAUCACAAACUUCUCGGCAAUCCCGCAGAUCUUCCACCAAUGCCAUUCCGUAAGCACGACGACAACACGACUUCUGCAGGAGCCGGAGCAUUUGGAAGGGCCGCGAGGAAGCUGACCCCACGCAAGGCUAGCCUGAUCAACCUGAUGAAGGGCAAAGGCUGGAACAAGUCCGACGAGGCGAGGAGCAGCGACCCGACUGAGCGAAACCAGGAGACGUCCUCGGAUGGUCCGUAA